AUGGCACCAGAGAAGAAGUCAGGAAGUGUGGUUGUGGAAAAAGACAACAGUCUGCAGGUGAAAGCGAAAUGUGGGGACAAAGUGAUUCACACAGGGGAGAAGCCAUAUCAAUGCUUGGAGUGUGGAAAGAGCUUCUCUUGGAAUGGCGACCUAACUAGACAUCAAAGGGUUCACACAGGGGAGAAGCCAUAUAAAUGCUUGCACUGUGGCAAGAACUUCUCCCAAAGGCGCGACCUAACUGCACAUCAAAGGGUUCACACAGGGGAGAAGCCAUAUACAUGCUUAGAGUGUGGAAAGAGCUUCUCGCAGAAUAGCAGCCUAACUAAACAUCAAAGGGUUCACACAGGGGAGAAGCCAUAUAAAUGCUUGGAGUGUGGAAAGUGCUUCUCACAGAAUAGCCGCCUAACUGAACAUCAAAAGGUUCACACAGUGGAGAAGCCAUAUAAAUGCCUAGAGUGUGGAAAGACCUUCUCAUGCAGUGGCAGGCUAACUACACAUCAAAGGGUCCACACAGGGGAGAAGCCAUUUAAAUGCUUGGAGUGUGGAAAGAGCUUCUCUUGCAGUAGCAACCUGACUGAACAUCAAAGGGUUCACACAGGGGAGAAGCCAUAUAAAUGCUUGGAGUGCGGAAAGAGCUUCUCUUGGAAUGCUUCGAAACGCCGUGACUUCGGGCAACCCAACAACCUGAGUGAUUACGUUACACCAGCGUUCUAUCUCCGGAUGGACACAGAUCCUUCUAAAGCGAUCACAGGACAGCAACAUCCAACUGUUCAGGAAAAUGCCAUCACUGAGCUCCAGACUUUUGAGAUGCAGAACUGGAACUCUGCCACAGAAAGCCCGAAAAAGGAGUCCCAGGGACUGGCUAGCAGGUCCAACACUGGAUAG